AUGCUGAUUCUGGGAUUUUUCUCCUUAAUUUAUGCCGUGAACGCUUCUUCAAGCAUACGAUUAACUCCUACACAGGCACAACACACUUGGGACCUCUUUAAACUACACAACGUGCAUAUCUUUGUCGAGAUUUCGCAUGCGCCACAUCCUGGAUAUAUCUUCCAGACAAUAUCCGGCGAACGAAAACACCUCGUUGACUUAUUGCUGAUUCCAGAUCGUAAAGUUUCGUUAACGUUGCCGUUAAAGUCAGGAUGGACACGAAGAUAUACUAUCGCUUUACCGUCAUCCAUCCAGGAAAAAUACGUGAUUCUUGUUGUUGUUGAGAAGAAAUACGUAUCAGUAAUUGUGAACUGUAUACAGUUACUGCUUGAAAAUAUCGACGACGUAGUUUUUACUGGAUCCUCACCGAAUAUGUUCGUAAAUAACAAAUAUAAUAAUUGGAGGAUUGAUUCCGGAAAUCCCACUAGGGAUUUAUGCCCGAAAUUGAAUAGUUCCUUAGGGAACGCUGAAAUCGAAACAUCAGAGGGUUUGCACGAAAAGGAGGAGGAUCCAAGCUCAUCCACAGGUUUUCGACAAAGUAUGAAAAGUUGUCUUUACAACGGUCGUCGAAGAGGACAUACAGAAGCGUUUUGGCCGGAACAAUGUGUUCGAUGUUAUUGCGAAGACGGCACAACAACAUGUCAAUAUCAGAGUCCAAUUGCAUGUCCGCGGUUAACUUGCUCAGUUGAGCAUCGUGUUAUUCCGUCGAAUCGAUGUUGUCCGAUAUGUGUUGGAGCAGAUUUUUGCGUAGAUGCACAUUGUCACCGGGAUGCCGAAUGCAUAAAUCAUACGAACGGUGCUCAGUGCAAAUGUAAAGAGGGAUUCUACGGUGACGGGUACAACUGCCACGAUAUCGAUGAAUGUUCAUUCGAUAGCUCUGCUAGAGAGCAGAUCAAUCCAGAGAAUUUUCGUUUCGAAAUAAAAUAUAAAGGGAAGAAGGACAAAAUCUCUUGCGUAUCAGUUCGCCUCACUUCCAGCAACACGUUUGACUGCAAUUUGGAAUCGCUGUGA